AUGGCUCCUGUUGAGCACUUUGAAGUGAUUGACUCUGUUGAAGAUGGCAGUGAAAUGCAAGUUGUCAUUGUAAGGAUAUGGUGUGAAGGACAACAGAAGCUGAUUGAACCAAAGAUGUUCAACGAGCUGUACUCUCACUGGAAUGAGAUUAAGUCAGAGGUGGACAACAUGACGCUGCCACCUGAGGCCAUGAAGAAUCUACUGGAAAACGAGCGAAUCUCAAAGGUGUCGAACCCCGUGAAGACCAGCUACGGCCUGGGCCGUGUGGUGCUGAGUCAGAAACGCCUGUUCCUGUUGAUGGAGGCACACCCUUACUGCAAGGAGAUUGCUCGUUUCCGGGACAUCGAGGAAGUGGAGUUCUGUUUGCCAGUAUCCAUCUUCCCUCUGAAGAUUCUGGCCCUGAAGAUCAAGGUGCGGGACAAGAAGGAGCCCUUCGUCGCCAACCUCAAGUCAGAGCGGGACCUGUGGAAGGUGAUCAUUCGGGAGAUGUGUGCAGGAAAGUUUCUGGCAGAUAGGCACAAGGACCCUCAGUACAUUCAACAGGCACUCAGCAACAUCCAGCUCAUCAAUGCCGUGGCCAAAUGUAGCUUUCACCAACGCCCCAUGACCGUCGCUUCCAAACUGGCAUACCUGGACCAAACAGCUGGACAAGAGCCACCCGCUCUUCCACGGAUGACGUCAGAUGCCCUGAAGCACACCCUUCACCUCACUGAUUCUAAUUCUACCCCCUACGCGGUUGAUGUCCUGCUAUAUGUUCCUGGUAACCUGGACCCGUGUGAGAGCGCUGAUACACACCCGAAGCUGUGGUGUGGUCUGAGUGAUGGCCGGGUGAUGAUGUACAAUGCAGCCACUUGGAUCAUGGAGCAGGUGCCAAUCCAAGCUGGGCAUUCCAAACUGGUCUCGAACCCAUAUCCUCAGAUCGUUUGCCAGGAGUGGGGCUGCUGGUACGCCAAAUGCCACCGUGACGUAAUUAUGCUUGACGUCACGCUGUUGACGACAUCGCGGUUCCAGGGCCGCCAUUAG